UUCACUCUUUACUCCAAGUUGAAGGGCAAUAAACUGGACUUCCAUCUCGCAAUGGCGCCCCCUUCUUCUCAAAGCGUCUACGAAUCCUUUCUGGCCAAAGUUCGCGCGGAAUUCAAGGACCCAAAUCGAGUAAAAGGUGAUCAAUAUGGGGCUUUUGGAAAGAUGAUGGAUGUCUCCCUAGUGAACGAGGGCCCUGUCACAAUAACUCUCGAUUCUCGCACAAGAGGCAGCCCACCAUCCGACCCCCUCUCCACUUCAACUUCCUCUGGCGACAAUCGGAAGGCAGGAAAUGAUGAUGAUGAUGAUGAUUAUGAUGAAAAUGGGACAAAGUGA